AUGGUACCGAUACCAAGUCUCAUGGAUGAAGCAAAGGAAGGCUGUUAUGGCUACGUCUAUGGAGUUUCAGGACCUGUGGUAACCGCAGAGAAAAUGGCUGGAUCAGCUAUGUACGAAUUAGUUCGAGUCGGUCACUCCGAGCUUGUGGGGGAGAUCAUUCGUUUAGAAGGGGAUUAUGCAACCAUUCAAGUCUACGAGGAGACGUCUGCUGUGACGAUUGGAGAUCCUGUCCUUCGUACCGGUAAGCCACUUUCUGUGGAGCUUGGACCGGGCAUUAUGGGCUCCAUCUUUGACGGAAUUCAGCGACCGUUGAAAGAUAUUGCGGAAUUGACCAGUUCGAUCUACAUUCCAAAAGGUGUUAACGUGAACGCACUUUCGAAAGAUCUAAAAUGGGACUUCCAACCCAAUAAAACUCUUCACGUUGGAGACCAUAUCACUGGUGGUGAUAUCAUCGGCUUUGUUCAAGAAAAUUUGUUGAUCAAGCAUCGGAUUAUGUUACCUCCGACAGCGUGUGGUACAAUCACAUAUCUGGCUGACCCUGGGCAAUACACUGUCAAGGAGAGGAUCCUAGAAGUGGAAUUCGCAGGUGAAAAGAGUCGGUACUCCAUGCUUCAAGUCUGGCCUGUACGUCAGCCAAGACCUUGUGCUGAAAAACUUGCUGCAAAUUACCCGCUUCUAUGUGGGCAACGUGUUUUGGAUGCGCUCUUCCCUUGUGUGCAGGGUGGAACCACAGCUAUUCCAGGAGCGUUUGGUUGCGGUAAAACUGUAAUAUCACAGUCUCUUUCGAAGUUCUCCAAUUCAGAUGCAAUUAUAUACGUCGGUUGUGGUGAGCGUGGUAAUGAAAUGUCUGAGGUACUUCGAGAUUUCCCCGAGUUGACGAUGGAGGUGGAUGGUGUCACGACAUCAAUCAUGAAACGUACCGCUCUUGUGGCGAACACAUCCAACAUGCCAGUGGCUGCCCGUGAGGCAUCCAUUUACACUGGUAUCACGUUGGCUGAGUACUUCCGUGAUAUGGGUCUGAACGUUGCCAUGAUGGCUGACUCUACUUCUCGUUGGGCUGAAGCUCUUCGUGAGAUAUCUGGUCGUUUGGGUGAAAUGCCUGCUGAUUCUGGUUAUCCGGCUUAUCUGGCUGCACGUUUGGCAUCCUUCUAUGAAAGAGCUGGAAAAGUCAAAUGUCUCGGAAAUCCAGCUCGUGAAGGCUCAGUCACAAUUGUGGGCGCCGUAUCACCUCCUGGUGGUGACUUCGCCGAUCCUGUCACAUCAGCUACUUUGGGUAUCGUGCAAGUGUUCUGGGGUCUCGACAAAAAACUCGCCCAGCGAAAACACUUCCCUUCAAUCAAUUGGCUCAUCUCGUACAGGUUGGUCUACUGUUUACGAAUUUACAUUUUAAUUUCCAGCAAAUAUAUGCGUGCGUUGGAUGAUUUCUACGAAAAAAAUUUCCCAGAAUUCGUUUCAUUGCGAACCAAGUGCAAAGAGAUCCUACAGGAAGAGGAGGAUCUGUCAGAAAUUGUGCAGUUGGUCGGCAAAGCAUCACUGGCUGAAUCGGAUAAAAUCACAUUGGAGGUGGCGAAAUUGUUGAAGGAUGAUUUCUUACAACAAAACGGCUACACUCCUUACGAUCGUUUUUGCCCUUUCUAUAAAACUGUUGGCAUGUUGAAGAACAUGAUAUCAUUCUACGACUUGGCUCGUCAUUCGGUUGAGGCAACAGCACAAAGCGAAAACAAGAUAACGUGGGCAACGAUUCGUGAUCACAUGGGUGAUCUUAUGUAUCAGCUUUCUUCUAUGAAAUUCAAGGAUCCGGUCAAAGAUGGCGAAGAUAAAAUCAAAAAGGAUUAUGACGAAUUAUUGGAGCAGAUGCAGACUGCUUUCCGAAAUCUCGAAGACUAA